AUGGAGGCGGCCGCCGACGAGGAGCAGGAGGGGCUGUCCGCGCAGUCGCCGGCACAGGCGCCGCCUUCAACAGCGUCCUCCCUUCCAAAGGAGCAGUCGCAGGUGGAGCUGGAGCUGAGGCUGCUCCAGGCUCUCGAGUUCUACCCUCCCUCCAAACUCAAAGGCAUUCAUCGCCACUUCAUUCUCUACGGCCUCAUGGAAUACUUGAGAAAAAGCCUCGACAGACAAUUCUCGGCGGAUGAAGUUUUGCAACUGCUGGACCGCUUCUUCAACCUAGAAAUGCUGAAACCGGACGACGAUGAGAAGGAUAACUUCGGUCAGACGGAAGAAUUUGCCUUGCCGGACAAUUUCUUCAAGAAGGAAGAAUGA